ACCGAGGCCCGGCAGUCAUCCUCACCUGAGACAGGUGCACAGAAGCACACAUUAGUCUAUUCCUCCCGCCACCUGCACACGCUUCUCCUUUGGAUUAUAACUCUGUGGUUUUCUUUGAGCUCGGCACUUCUGAUCAAAUCAGGACUGGCCAUGGCGGCCACAUGCGAACUGAGCAACAUCCUCACCAACGUGAUGAGCACCAUGUACCAGACUGAGGAGUCACAGCAUAGUCUGUGUCACGGACCACUGCUGGGAGUCCAGCUUCCCAGUGAGGUGCUAGCUCACAGCAGCUGGUAUAGUGUUCUUCCUCAACUUUGGACUAAGAACCAUGUGCUGGAGUGGAUCAGCUAUCAUGUUGAGAAGACCAACUAUGACGCCAGCACCUUGAACAUGUCCUUCUGCAGCAUGGAUGGCAGUGAGCUGAGUCGCCUCUCCCGAGAAUCCUUUCUCAGUAUAUUUGGGCCACUUGGUGAUCACCUGUACCGCAAUCUGCGUGAGCUCUGUGGCUUUGAUGAUGAGCUCAAUUCCCUCUUUAAUGACAUCAAUGACAUCCUCCCAAUAGACGAUGGCAGCCAGAGUCUGCUUGAGACUGUCAGAUUUGGGACAACCCUGGAGUCCAACCUCAGUCACCUGGAGGACAAAGAGUCUUAUGAUGCCCUUAAUCUACUAGUCAACUCGUCUUCAUGGAGCGACCUUGGGUAUGAGUCUGGUCCAACCUCUCCAGACAGCCUCGACAGCUCUAGCGCAGCAUCCUUGAGGUUUCAGAUUCCUCGAUCUCCAGACUCCGGUGGAAGUGACUCAGAUAUUGACUGCACAGAUGUCAAGCCAACAAUCAUGCCAGAAUCCUUUGUGAAGACUGAGAGAAAUGACUGCAAACCAUAUAAAAGAGGAAGGGGAAGGCCCCGCAAGAUGAGCCGGGGUGCAGUGGAUUGUCUGGAGGUGAAGAAGAGCAAGCAUUCUCCAAGAGGAACUCACCUGUGGGAGUUUAUCCGGGACAUUCUCAUCUACCCAGAACUGAACAACGGGCUCAUGAAAUGGGAGGACCGCACUGAGGGGGUCUUUAAAUUUCUGAAGUCAGAGGCUGUAGCACAACUGUGGGGGCAGAAGAAGAAGAACAGCAGCAUGACGUAUGAGAAGCUCAGCCGGGCAAUGAGGUACUACUACAAGAGGGAGAUCCUGGAGCGUGUGGAUGGCCGCAGACUGGUGUACAAGUUUGGCAAGAAUUCCAGUGGCUGGAAGCUGGGAGAGGUGGCUGCGCACAGCUAGGCCGACACCGCAAGUGGAAUGUGCCUCCUGGCCGAGCCGAGGUCUUGUGCACCAGGGACUAUAGUUGUAACAUACCCUUUGAGACACUUGGGCCCUCUUUGAGAGGACAUGACUGCGUCUGCGCCUUUUUUUGGUGCUUUUAAAAAUGUAAGCCAAUGUUGUGGCUAAAGUAGGUUGUAUGAACCACGUUUAUAUUAUUCUUAACUCCAGAUGGAACACUUGUGUAUAUGUAUAUAUACUUUAUUAAUACAGAAGACAAGAUGCAUAUGAAUAUAUGCUUCAUAAGACUAUCAUUUGUAUCAUAAAACUUCUGGCUGGCUGUUAAAGGGACAUUGGUCACUUGGAGUUAGCACUUCCUACUCUGGCUUCUAACACCAACAGCUUUCCCUCCGUGGACUUCUGAUAGCUUAUGUGUCUUCAAGAUAUAAUAUCUUCUUUACUAUAAUGGUUGGCAACAAAAAGGAUUGGAUGCCCCAUCACGCCCUCAACUCCCCACCUGAAAUUGAGAAUUAUAACUUCUUCCAGAAAGUGGGGGAUACUACAAAAACCUGAGAAACAGCAACAUCAGGACGGGAAUGGGGAGCGAGUGCCUACUAACCCCUAGCUCUUCAGGUCCUUGACUGGCCACUUCAUACAGCAAGCUGAGUGAACAGAUGUGCUAAUGAGAGGAAACAAUUCAGCUGGACUGGUUAACCUUGUUUAUUUUAUUAUAUUGUCUGAAGUAUUUUAUGUCUGUAAAAAAGUUUAUCUCUAAAGUGCCUUGUUAAAAAGUGUAAAUACAUAUUUUGUACAAUGUAAUACUAUUUUGCAAAUAAAUGAAACUUCUUUAAAACAUAAA